CACAAUGGACAAUGGGGAUGUCUUCUCGUGACAGAAUGAGGUUGGACUUCCCUACAUCUGAAAAUAUUUUCUAUACCUCCUAAUCGAUCUUCAAAGCCUCAAUCUACUUCCCACAGAGCAAGAUAGCUUGCAAGUGAGCCUACAAUAGCGCUAUAGGCUUCGGAAAGCGCACCUGCGGCAGUCCGGUAGCGCUGGAGACCUGCUAGGAAACAGAGAAAAGCCGAUGUACGUCUGAGAUCGCUAUGAACCAGCAGGCCUCACAACUUCGAUUUGAUAGCGCGAGAUUCACAUGCCAUCGCGACGUCUGAUCCCCGCGGCUACCGAUUCAGGAUAUCCAAAAGCCUAGGGCUCAAGGACCGGAGACUCAAAGAACACAGAGACAUACCCGAUGAUUUCACGUUCUGCCGCUUUUGGAAAAGGAGACGAGAUGGACACACCUACACGGAAACACGAAGGACAUGCAGCGGAAGUAUCUCACCAAAUCACGAACGCGUUACCUUCUAUCGACCAGCGGAACUCUCCUAUAGAAUCAGCUUCUGCAGGACAACAAGAACAAUUGGAUUUCGACUUGCUUUUAGCCGAUCUUGAAACUGAAGAGACUCUCAGCCUCCCGAGCUCCACCGAGACUGAAAUCACCACUUGGCUCAGAGAUCCACCCGAUGCCGAGACAGCUUUCUUGCAGCGCAACGGGUACACAACUGAGUUGAGUGACGACGCAUUGACAGCUAUCCAAGCAACCCUCGGCCCAGAAGCCGCAAUAAAAAUGGCAGGCAUCAGAUCUGACAGUCCAGAUUUCAGGAAAACCUUGGAAGUCGACCGCAAUGUUCUCUCCACUGAGACAAAAUGGGACGAUCCCGAAUGGGCACAUCUAAAUUCAUAUCAGCCCACGUUAGACUCGGAAGGAGACCCCAUUACCGAUUUCUUGGACAGGCUCUGGUUGGCAGACCUUGGGUUUUGCAAAAAUCAGCAGGAAGCCAUAUUCCAGCGGACGGUCAUGAUGGCCAUGAUCAACCGACACCGGCUUCUCUUUGCCGGUAAAAACAAAAUAGCCACAACAUCCCCUUUGAUGUUUAGUGUCGGAGCCGCGUGGAGUUGUCCUCCGAUGCCCACACGAAAGUACUACCGACAAAAUGAGGGCAACCCUUUUGCCAAGGUGCCGAGGCCAGACCUGUGCGUCUCGUUUCGGAGGACCGAGAUUCUGGACCCCGACUUUUGGACUACCCUCCUUCCGACCACGCAAGGGCUCAUUUGCUACGAGGGUAUACGAGACCUCGAUAAUGAGGCCGCCCGCGCCUUUGGGUUCUUCUUCGUUGAGGCUAAAAGAUCCCGGCUUUGGCCGGACGACGAGACGGCUCUCCACCAGGCUCUCAACGAUGCCAGUCAGGCACUCCAUAACAUUUAUGAAUUUUUCAGAGAAGCCGGGCAAACUACAGAGUUCUUUGCGCGCGUCCGAGUCUUCUCCGCCACUGCCUCGGAAAAGGGCGUCAUAAUACGCGCCCACUGGGCACGGGAGCUGCCCGAGAACACCACCGUGUCGAAAGCGCGGAUUGAUCCCGAGUAUCCGCUCCAGUUCCGACAUCAGAUCUAUCAAAGCUUCAUGGGCGACGGCUUCGAUCGCCUGAAGGUCGUGGAGGCAUUUGAGAGGAUCAUGGUGGGAUACGGACAGGGACAGUUGCUGCCCCUUCUCAAGACCGCGGCGGAAUCCGUGCGGGUCAAGGCGAGCGAGGCCUACGAGAAAAGGGGCCAGAUACCGUGGGAAAGCUUCUUCAACGACUACCGCUACGGCCAGUCCGGAAAACCUGGGAGCAGGGGGGUUAGCCGACUGGCGACACCACGACCAGAUCCGGCGGCCAAAGACACCUCCAUGUCCAUGCGAGACGCUUUCACGUUCAGUGCGACUCGGAGGGCGUAUCAAGAGGACCCGGAAAGCACCUCGUUGAGCCAAGGCGUGGAAGCCUUGCAAGCAACCAGCUUCUACUCGCAGCGGUCAACGAGCUCACGGAAUCAAGAUCGAGGUCCCAUGGCCACCGAGCACGACGACAACACCCCAAGCAAGAAACGAAGGAGGGGGAACGCCAAGACGUGAUGGCGGUUCAUUUGACUCUAUCCA